AGAUUGCGUUGCCUGACAGUGGUAAACAGACGUCAGAAGGGAGUCUUCGCCUCGAGUCAAAACAAAACAAAGCAAAACAAGUCAAAAAGAGAGGGAAGAAGUAUAUUUUUGGACCGCUACAACGACACGAAGUUUAACAAAAGUGUUCACCGAUUGGAAAUAGCUACUUGGGGGAAGUUAUCUAAAGCUUUUCACUGACUUUUUCACGGAUUGUGAACUCUGGAGUAGCAGGAGCUUAAGCAGCUAACAUUACGGUGGCUAUCGUGCUGAUUUCAAAGUACGGAGACUGGGAGCCGACCGACCUCCGGGCGACACAGCUUCAGGCAGCACCUGGGUACAAACUGCGAGGUUCAAUUACAGAAACGGCUGGGUUAACAUCGGUCGCAAUCCAGGCCUCGUUCGAGAGGCUUUUAUAGCGCUUCUUCGAGCAUCGUGUGCCGCGGUAGGAGUGUGGAGAAACAUGGCAGAUGGUGACAUGCGCCUGUCCGCAAUGUGGCGAAUCGUGCAGACCUGAGGCUCGGACUUUUCUUACUACAUUUUUUGUUCUUUUCACAUUUUUAACUACCGUAAACACUAUAAAGCUCUAUCCAAGGGCGCCUUUUUCUUCUGCUUCUUCUUCAAAUUAGCUUGUUUGUAUUUUCCAGACAGCCAGCAGAGACAACCGCCAGCGUCUCUGAACUGUUGCUACACUUUGGGGCAGCACAAACCGGCUACUCGGACAGGCAGCGGCCGGGUAUUUUCACUCAUAACUAAUUCAGCUGCAGUUACUAUUGACUGUUUGUGGACUAGUUGGGUAUUCUUAAAAAAGAAAAAACGUUUUAACUAAGUUUUUUUUUCUUGUCUUUGUGGAGAGCUUGUUGUUUACAAGUACAGGGGUUGUCAUCAGGAGCUCCUUUGUAACGGUACCCAGCUAAUCCCUGUGUGCGUAGUUUUACAGUAAAAACAUCGCGUGUGUUGACAUAUUUGGCACGAAGUAAUUCUGUAUUUUGAUUCAUUCAUUAAUAUUGAUCGUGUUACAAUUUUUAUAGACAUUUAAAUGAUUUUUUUAACCUUUAACAAAAACUUUUAAUCGAUUGUUUAUAAUUAGGAAUGGCAUUAUUUUGUAUGCAAAUACAUUUCAGACUUUUUUCAUUCAUUUACAGAUGAGCCAAAACCUCUGUACAUUCAGAUGUUUUGGUGCUCACACCACUCCCCCACUUUUGUUUUUAUUUCAUUCAAACAAAGGGACUCCCGUCAGCCCUCCUUCACUCUAUACAAAACGGAAGGUUUAUGAUAGUUACUAUUAAGGAGAUUAUUUGGGUUCCCUAAUCUCCAAUCUGAGGAUUAACCGAGUCCAUUGGUGUGUCCAGAUUAUUGCGUCUCCUUUCUGGGCCCCUCAGUUGACACCCCCGCCCUGGCUCAAGGAUAUUUUGUGUGUGUCAGAAAGUUUGGAAACGCGUCACAGAUCAACUUUUAGAAAGGUAAAUGUUGUAAGUGAAAUCCAGCUUUGUCAGAGGAAGUUUUAGAGAGCAACCAUGGAAGAAUCAUCGAUGCCCCCCAUUGACCCAGAUUUCGAGCCACAGAGCAGACCCCGUUCUUGCACGUGGCCGCUCCCAAGACCCGAUAUCUCGGUUGUCAAACAGGAGGGGACGGAUGGCACUGAGUCCGCCGCCGGGACCCCGCCCGCUGACGAGGACAAACCCGAACCGCAGCAAAUCACGUCUGAGCCCGAGAAAGCGUUGGCGUCUAUCGAGGGCGGGGUCGUGGCCGGUGUGGGCGGAGCCAGCACGACGCCCCGCAAAGGAUCUUCCCGGCGCAACGCGUGGGGGAACCAGAGCUACGCUGAUCUGAUAAGCCAGGCCAUCGAGAACUCUCCGGAGAAGAGGCUGACCCUGGCUCAGAUAUACGAGUGGAUGGUGAAAACAGUGCCUUAUUUCAGAGACAAAGGAGACAGCAACAGCUCAGCAGGCUGGAAGAAUUCAAUUCGCCACAAUUUAUCACUCCACAACAAGUUCCUAAGAGUACACAAUGAAUCGACAGGAAAGAGUUCCUGGUGGAUGCUUAAUCCAGAAGGAGGGAAGACUGGAAAGGCUCCUCGUCGUCGGGCUGCCUCCAUGGACAACAGCAGCAAAUUGCUGAAGAGUCGCAUGAGGGCCAAGCAGACCAAGAAGGCGGCAGGAGCAGCUGGUGCCGGAGGAGUAAUGCAGGGUGAUGGCAGCACAGGUUCAGCUAAUGCUGACAGCCCUAACUCGUCCCAGCAGUUUCCUAAAUGGGGGGUCAACAGCAGCAGCCCCUCGUCCCGUGGCAGUCUGGAUGACAAUGACAUGUGGACCACUUUCCGCCCUCGUACAAGUUCUAACGCCAGCACCCUGAGUGGACGUCUGUCUCCCAUCGCUCCUGGGCAGGAGGAGGAUGAUAACCUGCCUGAGGAUGGACUGUUGGGGAGAUACACAGCCAGCAGCUUGAAGCCCACCCUCACUGAGACUCUCAUGGAGGAGCUGGAUCUGAUUGACAACCUCACCUUGAUGACUGGGCAGCAGGGAGGGGCCAGCCCCAGCACAGCCCCACCAGCACCCCCCACUCCACUGCCUUCAGCCUCUACUCUGCUGCCACGAGGCUCCAGCUUCCCCUCCUUUCAUCAGCUGCAGUCAUCCAGCCUCCCACAGGCCCCCUCUCACACCGGGACCCCAGCCCCUGUCUCUCUUUGUGGACCAAACAGCAAAGAGCCUACAGCCUUCAGCAACUCACUCUUCAACAUGUCUAGCUCCAGCUCUCGUGGGAGCAGCCAUUACAGCACCCAUGUUCCAUCCAGCCUGGAGGCACUACUCACCUCUGACUCCCCUCCUCCGAGCGAUAUUUUGAUGACUCAGGUGGAGUCCCUCAUGCCCAAUCCUGGAAACGUGGGCCAAAUGGGCUUGGGCCCAUCUAUGGUGGGUGUGAGGCCCAAACCCAACCAGCUGCUGCUGGGUAAAGGGCUUGAGCCAAACACAGUGGCACCGAUGGCGCUGCAGGCUCAGAUACAGCCACAGCAGCAUCACCUUCACCACCAGCAGCAGCAACACCAGCAUCACUCUCAGAUGGGCUUGGGGAUGAUCCUCUCAGGUAUGUCUCAGGACCCAUCGCACGUCUCUGCUCUCAAAGACCAGCACGCCCCUGUGCCAGCCGUGGGUUCUCAUCACACAGGGCCCGUUGCCACAGCCAAUCCUGGCACAAACCUGCAGGGGAUGAGUCAGCUCGGAGCUCCGUCUUACUUCCCCAACUGCCAGGACCGGCUGCCCACAGACUUGGACAUAGACAUGUUCACUGAAAACUUGGAUUGUGAUGUGGACUACAUAAUCAACAGUGACCUCAUGGAUGGAGAUGGCCUUGAUUUCAACUUUGACCCCAUACUGCCUGGAGGUCAAGGCUACACAGGCACAGCCACUACACAAGGCUCCGCUCACAACUGGGUGCCCAGCUAAUUCUUCAACCCAACAUGCAAAAAUUAGUCAGAAACUGAUCUUCAAUCAGCAUAACCUCACAAAAUGACAGAACAACCAGUGCAUUCCUCCUCCCAGCUGGUGGAAGAUAACUUUUUUUUUUUAAAUACAGAGUUCUCUUGGACUUUAAACAGCAAAUCCAGGCCUCACUCGCGUCAUGUGCCAAGACAUGCAGAGGACAGGGAGGAAAUUCAGGCCACUAUGCACAGUUUUUCUCAAUUAUUUUAUUCUUUAUAACACUUGGCAACGAUUUGGCUGCUAGCCAUUUUUCUAUAAUACGAACAGAUGAUUUUUAAAGAUGUUUGACAUAAUAUUUUUGGAGUGAAAAGACAAAUCAUAUACUCUCCUCUGCUGGGAGUUCACAUUUCAGUCAUAUUGCACCAGAAUAGCUUAAUGGUGGAUACAGUGACACAGAUAUUGCUGAAGCGAAGCUGGUUUUUGUAGACUUUUUAAAAUGUUUUUGUGGAGGGGGGGCAGAAAUGGCCAGUUUUGUGCAAAUUUUUACUCAGCAUGAGUUUUCCGACGAAAUGCUAUUUGACCACCUGAACACAAUCUGCACCUAUCUCCAGAGAGAGGAGCUUCGAGGGAUGGGCUGUGAUCAGGUGGAAGAUAAAGACUGGAAGACUGGAGAUAUAAAAUGUUUCAGUCACCAAUGGCUUCACAUCUCACCCGGACUUCCUUUAGAUUUAUCAAAGACAGAAGAAAAAGUUUUAAUGUUUUUUUUGUUGUUGUUGUUGUUGUUUUUUUCUCCAUUUGAAUCCAAUGACUAAACAGUUAAUAGUGUAGUUUGGCAUUUGGCAUUUUUGACUUGACUUUGGUGUGUUAGGGUAGAUGUAAGUUAGAGGGCGGUGUUUUCAAAUCCCAGAUGUGCAGAUAAAUUUAACAAGAAAAGAAGAAGAAAUGAGAUUUUUAAAUCUAUACAUGGGGCAUUCAAGUUUUUUUGUUUUGUUUUUUGCUAGCGAAUGAUUGGUUGGCCAAGUAUUAUACUGUCAAAGACAGCAGAAUGCCUCCUCUGUCAAAUAAUAUACCUGAUUUAUAUAUUUUCUUCUCCAUCUUUUCUCCUCAAGUCUCUGCAUUUUCAAAGCACUUAGGUUUCCUGUGAUACAGGAACCCCAAACUAUGAGAAUACAUCCAUUCUUAAUGUGUACCAUUUCAGUUUAAGAGAGUAUGUUAUCUUUUAAAAGAGAGGUGUAAUAUAGAUGUUGCACAUGUACUUGACGGCACGCUAUGCAGACCUAUCAGGAGAGGUAAAUGAUAUCUUGAAGGAAAUUUGAAAAAUCACUUCUUGAAGGCUUUUGCUAUUUAACAUGGUCCUGAUAAAUUGUUAGGAAGGGGAAUUAGGAUGCUUCUCAUUUACUAACAUUAAAGAAUUAAUUCAGAAGAAUAUAUUUGAUUAUAGUUUUAAUAUACAAUUUAGAUGGAAAUGAAUCAGAUAUUAAUACAUAUGAAUAUAUUACUUUUUUUUUUUUACAUUGGAGGAAGCGUACUCAUAAUUUUAACGUAAUUUUCUAUACAUUUAUUUUGUAAAGGAUGAGAAGAUGCAUGUAGAUUUUUUUUUUUUUUUUUUACAUAACCAAAGGAACACUAAUUUUGCAUUUGCAUGGUAUUUAGGGAGUGCUUGGGCUUGACACAGUAUCCUUGGUUGUACAUAAGCUUUGCAAAAGUUGCCUAUAACUUUUUUUUUUUCCUCUCUCUCUUGGACGAAUGAGGCAAAUACUUGAUUGUGUUAGCCACAAUUCCCAGCCACUUGCUUGGUGCUUUUUCUUAUGCUUGUUUGUUUUAUUCCAAGAAAAAAUCUGGCGCAAAUGCAGCAGUAUGCCACAAAAUUCUCAUCUCAAAAUGAGACUCAUACAACAGUUACCUCUCAGAAGAAAAACAACCGGAAAGACAGCUGUGCACAGAUGUAAACGGAUAAUAUCAAAAGCUAUUUAUUUUGCACAAUUCUUUGUCGAGGCAAACUGGAAACUAACAUGCCACAUCUUUGUUUUCCUGGAGACAUCUCUGUCUUAAAAAGAGCUGAUCUGAAUUUCACUUCCUUUUUUGUCCCUCCUUUUCUCCUAAAGGAAAAUGUAUUCUGUCUGUCCAGCGAUGCAUAUCAAUACUAGCCUGUCCCAUUUUUUUUAGCUUAGUUUUUGUCUGCCAAUAUUUAAAACACUAGUCUUCAAUUUAUGUUUCCUCUUAAACUUUUGUGUAUAUAUAUUUUUUUCUUUUUGUGAUCAGACAUAACAGCCCCUGCAAUUUAAACUCAUCAUUUCACUGUAGCUGUGUGGAUUUGUUAGCCUCUGAUUUGUAUAAAGCACUCUCCUUUUCCUUUCAUAAAUGUUUUCAUUUUAUUCUUCUUCUUUAAAUGGUGCUAGAUGAUUUAAUCUGUGACGUAACUGGAGUACGCCACGAUGCAAUGAUGCAUAUCAGGGCCUUCGAAUUUUCCCCACUGGCAAAUUAGAUCUAGGUUAACGUAGAAGUAAUGGCACAAUCAACAGCCCCUUUCCUUCUUUCUUUUAUCUUUACAUGUCUAACAACUUGGCCACUUUAAUCGAAAUUCAAAAGACCAACUUGUUAAAAAAAAAAGCAUAAUUUCUUAUUGUCAAUCAUAACCUUAAUUUUGUAGAUUCAUUUGCAUCAAAUCUAAUUUUUUCUGAAAUAAUGGCCCGUAAUGAACAGGUCUGCGGUGGCUGCUUUAUUCUAGUUUACGGUUACUGCCUUGAAGCAGUCAGUGUGGUGUUAAUAAUUCUUAUAUCUCUCCUUAUAUAACAAAGCUAUGUACUUCUUUCAGUUGUCUUAAAGUAGCAGUUAGUCCCUGUAUGUUUUACACUUCAAAAUUCCCCUGUUUGUUACAGCAUUUAGUUUUCAGCAAGGGUCAUUUUGUGUUUUCAGUACAGGCAAAUGGGAAUGAUGAGUUGUGUGUAAGCCAAUUAAUGUCCAUGAUUUUUAAUCAUGUUGAUAGUUCUUCUCUCAUUCUGUAUCCCACUCUUUUUUUUCUUUACUCAUUGUAAAGUCAGCCAGAGACGACAAAACAGUUCUGAACAGCAGAAACCAAUUCAAUAAACUGUUUAACCCA